AUGGCAUCGCUGGCAACCAGUAUGACCGGCUCGUCCUAUGACGAGCACAGCGCCGCAUUCAGCGACGUUACCCACGCCGCUUCCGAAUCACCUGUACCCGAACUGGACAACGACGUUUCAACCGAUGACCGCACAAGCGACUACCUGAGUACAAGGACGACGAGCUUAUUUGGGCCGGUUCUAGAGCCAGAAGACGACUUUGGGCCAAUGCCACUCGAUGCCGUAUCCAUGUACUCUCCGAGUCACUACCCCGCCGUAUCGACUACAUACCGAACCGAGAGACCGUUUGAUGCCGAAAGGGGCACAGUAAACUCGACACGAUCGAUUACCGACACGGAUGUCGACUAUGUCAUGGAGAAUGGGCGACGGUAUUGCGGAUCGUACCUCAUGCCCAAUGACGAAGAUGAACAAGUGCGGCUGCAGUUGGUUAAUCAGGUCUAUCUGAAAGCUUUUGAUGGAGAGCUCACAAGUGUACCUCUGGAAUGCCCGACUCACAUACUCGACAUCGGCACGGCCGUCGGCGAGUGGGCAAUCGACAUGGCCGAGGCUUUUCCCGAAUGUGAGGUAACUGGGACAGACAUCUCAAAUAUCUUUGAGCGCCGCGCACCACAAAAUGUGUACUGGGAAGUGGAUGAUGCCGAGCUAGAUUGGGAGCGACCGCCGAAUCACUACGACCUCGUUCACCUACGCAACAUGGCCGGGUCCUUUGCUGAUUGGGAGUUCAUCUACCGGUCUGCGUUCACGUGCCUGAAACCCGGCGGCUGGAUAGAGCUGCUUGACUUUGACGAAAACAAGGGAAUGCGUGGCUUUUUCUCCUUUUUUGAGCCUGGAUCACUCAUACACAAGGUAGACCAGGACCUCCAAGAAGCCGCCAUCUUGUCAGGACGGCCUUAUGGAAUUUCCCACCUGGAGCCUAGGUUUCUGGUCAAUGCUGGCUAUGUCGACGUGCAGCUCACGGAGCAUGCCAUUCCGCUCAGAACGGAAGACGGCUCGACGGGCAAGUUCUGGCUCCUCGCCAUGCUGAACGGAAUGGAGCCACUGUGUAUGCGUUUACUUACCAAAUACAAGGGCUGGAAAGCUGACGAAGUUCGUCUGGCUUGCGAUAUGAUUGGACAGGAGAUGAUGGCGGUGGCACUCAAUCCACGAAAAGCAAAAGGCUUCGUGUACAAGGUUAGAGUAUUGAUUGGAAGGAAACCAGGCCUCCACCCGCGAUGGUCGACGGAGGCAAUCAGCGAGUCGGGGGAAGUAAUGAAGAGCAGGCCGGACGAAGCCACUCCUGGUGAUGUUCCGGCAGGAGAUAGGGAGAGCGGCUACGGUUCCUUGGGGCGGAACCACUUCGCAUCCAAUCACGGGAGCGACCUAGUAGUGGACUCUGAAACAAUGUCAGAUGUCGCGACUGGACAGAAUGAGACUGAAGGGACUGCGUCAACAGUGGCGCUCGGGUCUCAAUUUGGUGCGCCGGUGCAGUUGAGUGAGGACCGUCUGCGGGAUCUCGACCAGAUCAACGAAAGCAACACUCGUAAUGAGCUUGCAAACCCCACGGUCGAGGAUGUCAUGAUGGAAGAGGACCGACAAGAAGAUGUACCGAAGACGAGAGAAGCUGCACAAACACUCAUACCCGAUACACAUAUGACACCCGCCGAGAAUCUGACGCAUGCACCUGCGAACCCAAAGUGGGCUGAUGCUGCGGCACAAACGACGCGGACAGAUCACCACUCAAGAUUCAGACGGUCGAUUGCCGAGCCUCCCAAACCUGGCGCCUAUAACGCCGCAAUACCUCAGAGCAGGGCAAGGACGACGUCGAUAUGA